UCACAAGGCCGAAAAGUGCUUUCUUUUUAAGGCCUAGUGGUUUGAAUUUUGAGGUAGUAAUUUCUUGAUCGGCAGUAUCAAUCUUCCAGUCUAAACCUCCGGUCUUAUGCUUAGAACUCGCUCACUCACCCACAAACAAUAGCAUUAGCAGCCGCAUAUUCUCUUGAUCUUCAUCAAGAUGGAGGAAUUACUAAGAAACUAGAGCACCCUCUUCUUCUUUCUUGUGCAAAGUUCACUUCUUUAGAGGCCAUACUGUGGUUUUGGAUCAAUUACUCUGGCUUGGUGAAUGAGCUUGGUGAAUUCAGUAACUUUUUAAUCAGCGAAUGGGAGAUUCAAGAUGCUUAAUGCUUGUUAUUAUUCUUGAGACCUUUGAAAAAUUUAUCUAGACAAGUUGCUUGAGGUGUUUUGUUGAACAGGGCAUUCCACUGAUGCCAUGAACCAUAUAGAAGAUGAGUAUGUUCCCAUUAGAGAUGCGGAGGAUGCCCAACUGGGAAUGUUUGACAAACCCCUUCCUUGCUUUGGCUGUGGAAUUGGAUGGUUUUCCCUUUUGCUUGGAUUUGUGUUCCCACUGAUGUGGUACUUCUCAGCAAUUCUCUACUUUGGGAAGUACUAUAACAAGGAUCCAAGGGAGCGAUCUGGCCUUGCUGCGUGUGCAAUAGCUGCUAUAACGUUCACAGUAGCUGCGGUGAUCACUUUGCUCGUUUAUUUGUUGUGAUUCUUGCCUCUACAAUUUCAUCUUGUGGCUGCAGUGUAUGUUUCUAAACAAUAAGAUGAACCUGAUCGUGAGCGGCUUAGUCUCUCGUGCUCUAGUUGUAAUGGGCCAAGAGGAAAAGAAUAUCAGCACGGUGAAUGAUCGAGCUAUCUUACAUCUGUAGCUGCAACUAAUUUCCCCAGUCUUGUACAUAAUACAAAAGUGUUGUAUGAUGAUGGGCAAAAAAAAAAAAAAAAACAGAGAGAAGAAACGAAAGAAACAACGAAACUGUUAAAUGCCCUCUUAGUGGGAGUAUGUAAAGUGUUUAUAUCAAACUUACAGAGCAAAUCACUCUGUAUUUAUGCGAUGAUGCAUUAGAAAAUGCGACAUUCCUUGAUAUAUUA